CUCCUCGGGCCUUUGAAAAUUUGUAAAUCCACCGGCUUACCCAGUAUAGAGUAUUUACACUGUUAUCACAAAUACAUGGGAACGAUCCGUGACACGAUCUGGAAUGAUUCUGAUGAUCGGUGUAUACGACGCGGUAUCAAUGAAAAAGUAGCUUUCAUGAAAUAUACUACUGUGAAAUUCAUAUCAUUUAAUCCACACAUAUUAUAAGUAAGGGGUUAUUAUUUCUAUUAAAAAAUGUCUUCUUCGCCCGAAGAAACGGGUCCCGCGAAUGAAAAUGAAGGUAUCCGGACUCCUCCGGAUGAUCCAACCGCUUCUGGCGAUAAUCUCGAUAAUCGUGGAAGUGCUAGCAAAAGAAAAAGCGAGAAACGAAAAUUUGUCGACACAGACUCUGCCAAACAAAGCGGUGAAGGUUAUGAUGAUGCAGCGGACGUUACUAGACAAGAUGCACAGGUAAAGGAAUCCAGUGUGCCAUCAGACCUCUCAACAGGUGACAAGUUAGCUGGAAAUUCAGCUUUGGUAACAAAGCAUUAUAAUACACUCGAAUCGAAAGGCCUGACUCAGAGAUCUCAAAGCCGUAUUGUUCACAUGAGGAAUUUCAACAACUGGAUCAAAAGCAUGCUGAUAAGUGAAUAUCUGGGAAAGGCACGUCAGGGUAAAGGGCAUAGGGCUCCAUUCAAAGUUCUUGACAUGUGCUGUGGCAAAGGAGGAGAUCUUUUGAAAUGGUCAAAAGCAAAUAUUACCCACUUAAUCUGUGCGGACAUAGCUGAGGUGUCCGUGGAGCAGUGCCAGAGUCGCUACAAUGAUCUUUUGAACAGAAGUUCUAACAAUCGAGGAUUUGCACCAGUCUUCACUGCAGAAUUCAUUUCCGCCGACUGCACAAAGGUUAGACUGAGGGAGAAAUACAAGGAUGCCAGCUGCCAGCUCGAUCUAGUGAGCUGUCAGUUUGCAUUCCACUACAGCUUUGAGUCACUGCAACAGGCUGAGUGCAUGCUCAGGAAUGCAGGCGAAAGCUUGAGGCUGGGAGGAUAUUUUAUUGGCACUAUACCGGAUGCCUACGACCUCGUAUCCCGAUGGCAAAACAGCGAUACCAACAAGUUUGGAAAUGACAUAUACAGCGUAGAGUUUUUAUGUGAAGACAAAGUAAAACCUCCACUGUUUGGAGCCAAGUACAACUUUCAUUUGGAAGAGGUUGUCAACUGUCCAGAAUUUCUUGUACAUUUACCAACUCUCACUAAACUGGCUUUGAAGUAUGGUUUGGAGCUGGUUAUGUUUGAAAGAUUUGAGAACUUUUACGAAAGAAUGAAAAGUGAGGGAAGGUCGUUGCUUGGCAAAAUGCGAGCUCUCGAGACCUAUCCUCCUUGUCACGAAGCUCCUCUCCUCGGACAGAAUCCUGAAGACUAUCGGUAUGCAGCACAGUAUAUGCAGAAUUCAACUGGACACAGAAAAAUUGGCACUCUUUCGCUGCCAGAGUGGGAAGCGACGUCGUUGUAUGCCGUGUUUGCUUUUCAAAAGAUGAAAACAACGUGGAAUGCAGAAGGAAAACCUGAGUACUUUAAAGUUUGAAGACAAAUAUGUAGGUAUACCUACAUAUUCCGUGAGAACUACUGUCUACGAGAUACAAUAGGAAUUAUUUUACUAUAUUUAAAUAUCUGUAGACAACGAAAUUUAAUAUUCCAAGGUUCACAAGGUUUUUGUGUAAUUGGCCCUUACUGGGAAGAACCGUAGACGUAUAACUUGGGAAGAAGGCUCGGAACAAGUCUAGCCGAUCAAUUGUUCCAUUAUACUAUUAUAACCAUAUAAUUUAUAAAUUUACUUAUUAUCACCAAAAUUUUCGAGUUUUGUGAUUUUUUUUAACACAUAAGUCACGGAAGGACAAUAUUCUUCGCAAAUACCUGAUCUGAUCGUCUCUAUUCUACAAAUCCUGAAAUUAUACACACAUGAUGAAAUGUCGCGGCUUAAAAAUAAAAAAAUUUUCAUACAAUAAGAAAAA